UCAGCAGUUGUGAUUUGAAUUCGAAAGCCGGCGCAUAUCGAUGAGCGCUUGCGUGCGCGUUUUGCGUUGGCGGAUAGAGAAAGACGAAAGUGACCGGUGGAAAAUUGUAAUCGCACGGGCUUUUCCUAACCGUUUGAGCUGUGUUGUUGUGACUAGUUGACGGCGCGACGUAGUGGGAACCUGCUGAGGCGGCAACGACGACAUUGAUAUGAGCCAUCAGCUUAAGGCGACUGACGGUUAUCAGCCGGUGCCGCGUGGUAGGAGUAGUGGCGGCAGAACAGCCCCAUUCGAUGAGGUCGAUCAGCACUUGCUGGAGGAAGGAGACAAAAUACCAUUCGUCGAUUCCGAGGAUGAAGACGACGUCGAUCGUGAUGACCACUCCAGCGAAGGUAGCAGUGGCAACGCGUCCGACGACGAGGACGAUAUCAUGACCGAGAGUCAGGAAAACCUGGCGAUGGCCUACGUAAAUCGGUACAAAGCGCCUUCCCUGUCGGAGCGUCGGAACCAGGAGAAGCUGACGGUUUCGAUAGAAAACGAGAAGAAAUCCCCACCAAGUGGACAUGAUCUCAAUGAGGAAGCAAAGGAUGUGCCAACGGAACUUAAAACUGUCCAAGAACGAUCGAUCGGUUUGCGGCGUAAUUCCAUUUCCCUUCCCAGCCUGGCGGUAGAGGAUCUGGAUGGAUUGCGUCAAGCCAGAGUAGACGAGGAGGACAGCAAAAUACUAGUUGUGCAAGGUCAUAGCGCCAGUAGCGAAACAACAGCAUCGCCGGAAACGCCGGGCACUCCUCAAAGCCUUAAACCGAUGCUUCACUUCGAAAGCGACAGCGAAGAAGAUGAACCAAAAAGUCCAAAGAACCUCUUCCGCAGCAGACGCCGUGGAUCGAUUGCCCCACUGCCGGCGCUGAGACUCAACGAUAAGGAAAUGAUGGCGAACGACUUCGAUACCCAGAGCGUGCUGAGCAAUCAGAACUCCAUCACCAGCAUCAACUCGUUGGCCAGUUUGCUGAAGGAAAAAAUGCAGCACAUCCCACGAUCUACGCACCGGAAAGAUUAUUUUACUUUUAAGACACAACAUUUUACAUCACCACUGAACGUUCCGGCCAUGAUUCGUAAAAAGAAACGAGAAACCAAAGACUACAAACUACGCGUUUUUGUCGGCAUGCUGUUCCUUAUCAUUGUGUUUCUUGUCGGCUAUGCAUACGUCAUGUACAAUCAGAAGCUGCUGGCCAAAUCAUACUUCGAGACCGUGAAGCUGCACAAAAAGACACGAGCUUUGAGGAUUCUGGAUCCGAAAGGAAAUGACCUGCUGACCGGUAAACUAGGGAUAAACAUCACCAUUGAUAAGCCAUACAAUUGCUUGAAGGAGGAUCUGCGGGACGACGGCAGCGUUUGCUAUGAGUGGAACUCCUUAGUUAGGUUGUACAUGAAUCUGGAGAAAACGGCAGCUCAAGAUAUAAAGUGCUACAGCUUCAGCUGGGAAACGCUGGUAGAUAACCACUAUCCGACGGAUUGUUUCGACCUCGGAGAGGGAGUCUACUGGUACGGUGCAGGCCUUACCCAGGAUGUGGACUAUUUAUUGAACAAAGCAUCGUUUGAUUUUGCUCCAUUUGUUACGGGUGAUAUCAACACCAAGCAGUGGGGUAACGCACUGAAAAGGUACUUCUUGAACACAAAGGGCAUAGCGAUUCUGGUGGAUGAUCGUACCCCGCUCUAUGUCAGCAUCAACCACAACAAUGUGAAUAAAAUUUGCCUGCGCGGACAAAACGAUAAUUUUGCAUACGUAAAUAAACUUACAAAUUAUUCCUCAUUGGAUUACAAGGUUUGCACGGGGCCGGAUAUGAAAACUCUUCAUAACGGUCUGACGCAAAAAAGUUUGUGGGAUGGAUUGACCGAAAACGACAAUGCCGUCAUCAAAUCCCUUCUUAGGGAACCAGUCUGGCAAAUUCCGGCUUUUUCACAGGAGGAGUUAACCGAAACUAUGAUCUAUAAUUAUACGGAGAACGUUAUUGCGUCCGGAUAUCUCCACGUUGGGCAUGUUCUGAUAAACGAGUUUUGGCAAAAGCACAUCGGCGAUUUUAAAUUUGAUCCCGAACGAUUCCAAACCCUUGAGGAUACUUUCAACAUACUUCGUCGUCGAGGAUUCCGAAUCUCACUCUCGAUACAACCUUUCAUCAGCACAGAAAGUGAGAACUUCUUGGAGGCAGUUGACAAGAAGCUUCUCAUCUAUGAACGCGAAUCUGAACGAAGCAUUCCAGCUCUGACGCGGUACAAGAGCUUAGCAAGUGCCGGAGUGCUCGACAUCACCAAUAACGAUACCAUACCGUGGUUGAAAAAUCAGUUGCAAAAAAUCGUAGAACCCAUCGGAAUUGAUUCGUUCUACCUGGACUUUGGCAAUGCGUACAGCAUGCCCAGAUAUUAUCAGUGCUCAACAACCUUAAUAAACCCAGAUCACUAUAAAUCGAUUUUCAUGAAUCGCAUCGAGGGUAAAAUUAACAUCUUCGGCGUUUCGAGUGCCAUCACAGUUCCGCGUCCUCCAGCAUUCCUCAGCCUUCCUCCGGUGAAUAGUUCUUGGACAGGCCUGCGAAGCAUAAUACCAACAGUACUUUCCUAUGGUGUCAUCGGCUAUCCAUUCAUCAUGCCAGGCUCAAUAGGAGGAGACUUCGUACUGUCGUCGAACUACACAAAAAUGUAUUCAUUCUAUCCGCUGAGAGCCCCUCCUCUGCCGGAAGUUGAGCUGUACAUCCGGUGGAUCCAGAUGGCCACAUUCCUUCCAGUGCUUCGGUUUACGCAUCUUCCUUCGGAGUACAAAAGCGACUCGGUGACGAACAUUGCCAAAGAGCUAUCGAUCAUUCGACAGAAAACGGUGAUGCCUCUGCUGGAGCAGUACUCCAGCGUGGCGAUGGACGAAGGUUUGCCCAUGAUCCGCCCGCUGUGGAUGAUGGAUUCAACCGACGUGAAUUGUUUGUACAUCGACGAUGAAUUCUCCAUCGGCGAUGGAUUGAUUGUUGCACCGAUUAUUUACCGUGGUGACACCAGUCGAGAAGUGUAUCUCCCCCAUGGCGUCUGGAAGGACGGUAUCGAUGGAUCUCUCCGCAAAGGUAGCCGUUGGAUUCACAACUAUCAUGUGCCGCUUAAUAAGGUGGCAUACUUUGUGAAAAUGCCCGACAAUACCCGAUUCUAGGCAGCGAAGUUUUGCGGCCUCCAAGCAAAAGUGAAAAAAAAAAUUCUCAUUAAAAGUGAUUUAAAACAUUCCUACGAACAUCAUUAGCCAAAAGUCAGUGAAAAAUCUUUUUAUUUUAUAUUGUUAAGUGUCAUUGAAUUUCUAUGAUAUUGAGAGCCAGUCAAUUAGUAUUAGAACACGUGUUAUAUUUCAAUAUCGUACGUAGUUACUCAUUCCAUAAUAUUUUUUGUUGAAGGUGUUAUCUACCAAAAAUUGGACCAUAUUACAAUUCCAACAGAGGUUCUUUCAAUUUGUGAGUAAUAAAAACUAAAACAUAUUUAUUUUGUGGUCUGACAACCACGCCAAAAGAAAUGUUUAAUAAAAAAUUAAAAAGUAAGAAUAA